UUUAGUGAGUGCAUAUUCAUUACGCAGCGUUUGACUCACCAACCUCUCUACCUGCGAGGCUGCGACCUUCUCCCAUGGAGGUAGCAGCAUCAACAACUCCAACUUGGUCGUGGUGGGGGCGCCACUCAACUCUUCCCUCCUUUCCCCGAAAAACCAGCUUCCUCCGUCUCCAUCCACGCUUUCCGAACUUCACAGGUUUGGGAGCUGCGUGUGGAAGCAGAAGAAGCAGUGAAGUGAACGUGUCCCCUUGGGAUGAUAAGCCCUUUGAGAUGCUUCUAAAUGGGAAAAGGGUUUACUUUGAUGAACAGGAUGUGGUCACGUUUCUUGAUCCUCCUAAUGAAUUAGUGCCUUUGGACCCUUCUUCUUAUAACCCUGCUGCUUAUCUUUGGAAAAAGAUUGAAGAUAUUCCUGAGGAAAGACGUCAUCGGCUGCUGCUUCUGUUAAAACCUAGACUUGUAUCAAUCGCUUGGCAGAUAGCAGGUUCGCGAUAUGAGGAUUCCAAACUUGUAAAGAAAAGUGCAUCGCAGUUGUUCGCCAACUCCAACAAAGAUGAUGUUAUGCUUGAAUAUUAUAACUGCCGAACAACCGGAGGACCGAUGCCACUUUCCUGGAUAAAUUCCUACAGAAAGGCUAUAUUUUCUUGCACUGAUGGGAAGGCCUAUGGACGUCUCAUUGGUGGAUCAAUUUUGGCCCCAUUUGCUGACUCUUUCGCUCCUUUGUAUUUUGCACUGAGAGACAUUAAGGAAGUUAUGCCAACUGAGCAGCCUUGUGAUUUAGCAUAUGAAUUUGGGGAUGGGCUUUUCGAUGUGAAAGAAUUCCCACAAGGCUUUCCAAAACCUGUUAAACAUCCGUACCCUUUCAACGAUCAACUUGUUAUAUAUAUCCGUCAUAUAGGUCCAGGGGUUUGUAUAGGGCAAGCAUGGCAAGAGGGAACAAGGAUAGAGCAAGUGCCGAGAAAAUUAUGCAGCGAAAUUUUAAUGGUGAAGGAUUACAGAUCAUUGUGAGAUCAUUGAAUGAAUUAUUUGUUAUACAGUUUGUGUAUUUGCCAAGUGAUAGUAACGUGCGAAUGUCUCAAAGGCAUGCAUGAAGGAAAUAUGAUUGCAUUGCAUCUAAUGUUUUCUGUUUUAGUUAGAGAUGGAAUAGAGUGUAUAGCUUGUCAAGAGAAUAGCAUGCUGUUAGAGGUUACUUUAUUGAGAAGUGACUGCCAGUGUUUCGAUCAUAGUUUUGUAGACAUUGAUUAUUCUGGUUGAAAAAUGAAUACUAGUAGUUGUAUUAGUCGUUUAUUUCAAAUUCAAAAUGUAAUGAUUUUAUUA